AUGGCGGACGCUACGAACGCCCACGAGAAGAUACGCUGCGUUGCCAAACAGCUCAACUGCACCUACAUUGACCUUUCCCACAUUGGCUCCAACGAGACGUCUGAUUUUCGGCGGACCUUUCCUGAGAGAUACAUUUUCGCCACUGGCACCUAUGCUGCUGGAUUGUGGCAGCCUGGCGAGGAUAUAUAUCUUGUCUGUCUCAGUCAGGACCGGCCUAAGACCUUCUGGCAGUGUUAUGGCGAGGCUCAUAAUAUCGAGGACUUUGCUCGACCAAUGAAUGACACUGUUCGAAUCGACUUCGCAAUCGAGCGUUCUAUUGUGGGCGAGAUUGCAGAGGUCAUACUACAUUGGUGUCCGCUUCCGGAAGCCUUUCACCAGUCAGCGCUUCCUUCUGGCGUUCUUGCUCCAUCUGCAACCACAGCUAGUAAGCUCAAUUUGGGACACUAUGGCAGAUUGUGCGAUGCAGUCGCCUACGCUUCGAGAUUGAGUGAUCCAAGAUGGUCACAACUACGUGCCGUAUAUUGGUGCAUCAGAGCAUGGGCGUCUUCCACGGGUAUUAUAGGCCGUCCAGCUGCUGGUUUUACGGACUAUGAGUCAUUAAUGGCUGAAGUCAGUGGUGUCUACGAAAAGCGGGUAGACGCCAUUGACUCUGACGGCCAUCCACCGAAACUGCAGCAAGUGUUGACCGACUUCAGAGAGUAUGCCGAGAGCACUGCUGGAGCGAUUCGUAUCGCAGCGGAGACGGCAAGACUAUCUGGCCGAGCAAGCGACCACUACUUCGAUGUUACGCCGGAGGAAGGCUUCCAGGCUUGGCUCGAUACACACGAGGCUUUUGUCGCCAUCGUGGCUGAGUGCUACGUCUCCAGCGCCUGGAAACAAAUGGCCAGCGAGACAUUUCCGCGCGCUGUCUGUGGAUUCGUUUCGGAGCUUGAACCCCUAACUUACCAUAUUUGGCCACACAAUGUGCAAGACACGGAUGGGUCGAUUUGCUGUACCGUCGGUUUGCGAAAGGAUCUCGGAGGGUCGGCCGAGUUUAUGGUACUUGCUGAGACGCCUGGGCAGGCUGUGAUCACUCUACGACCGCGCAGUCGCGAACAGGUGCAAGCGCUGCACCACGCAUCACCCGCUAGUGCUUGGAUCCAUCCAUCAGCAUCAAGAGGAAGCGCAGACAGCCCAGAAAAGCUCCGCACAGCCAGCCAAGCAAUUUCACGACUACGUCAUGACCCGGCUCACUUCGGAAUUGAGUACGAAGUCGGCUACGAGGAUCGCUUCGAAGGCUUGAAGUGGAUAUCAUUGCAUGACUGGGGCAAGGCCGCCACGGAGGACGAGGACUUCAUCCCGGAACACCGCAUCCGGCAAAUACGGCAAAAGGGUGGCAGCUACGAGGAUGAGCAGGUGGUGUGGGAUCGGAGGAAGAAAGUCGAUCAGACCGGCUCCGCUGGUAAGCGUGGCGCCUAA